AAUAUAUGUUCUGCGCUUGUGUUCUCUAUUAAAAAGAUGAUGAAGACAGCUUUUGGAGCUCGAUAUGGACCUAAUAAUGAUAUUUUGGUGGUGGUCACUUUGGAAUUCUUGUUUCCACUUGCAGAUUUUUAAUAUCUACUUUUCUCAUAGUUGUGGCGUCUUGAAAUAAUUUAUCGAUUUUGGGUGUUUGCUCAAUGAUUCGUAAAUGGAGUGUUUCUUAAGAAUGAACUUUCUGAGGAUUAAUUUACAAGUCUGUCUGUGGACUAUGAAUCCUAUUUGAUCAGUUUAGUAUCAUUUUUUUAUGCCCACUUGCAGAUGUUUUCUUGUACUUCCUUUAUUAAUGUAUGAUUCAUUGCCUGAUUUAGAACAUACAGAUGAAACAUUCGCUAAUAUGUUCAAAUUCUUUCCUUUGACAUUGAUGUUUGAUUUUAGGUAUAGUGCAAUGAAAGAUUUCUUGAAACUUUUGGUGGUUUUGUGGGCUACUGUGAGCCUUGAAGAGGUGAUAUCACACGGGAUUCAACCUCUUUCGACAAUUGCUAUUCAGAAUGCCGUUAUUGAUUUAGAUAGUAAGGCAUAUAUUAAAGCUUCUCCAUCAGUUCUUGGAGUCAACCUGGUCAUAUUGUAUACAAUUGAGUUUUCUUCACAGGGGGAAAACAAAGUAUCAAUUGAAGUAGAUUAUAGUAGCCCAAAUCCAUCGAGUGACGACUGGAUCGGGGUAUUUUCUCCUGCUAACUUCAGUUCAGCGACCUGCGUCGCAGAAAAUCCAAGAGUUGGGCCACCAUAUUUAUGUACAGCACCUAUAAAGUAUCAGUUUGCAAAUUUCAGCAAUCCCAAGUAUGAAAAAACGGGGAAAGGGUCUUUGAAGCUACAGUUGAUUAACCAGCGGGCGGACUUCUCGUUUGCUUUAUUUUCUGGUGGCGUGUCAAAUCCGAAGCUGGUGGCAGUUUCAAAUGUAGUUGCCUUUGCAAAUCCAAAUGCACCUCUAUACCCGCGAUUAGCCCAAGGAAAGACGUGGAAUGAAAUGACUGUGACCUGGACUAGUGGCUAUAAUAUUGAUGAAGCUGAGCCCUUUGUUGAGUGGGGUCCAAAAGGAGGGGAACAAAAGCGUUCUUUGGCAGUCACUCUGACUUUUGAUCGUAACAGCAUGUGCGGUGCACCUGCAAGAACUGUUGGAUGGCGUGAUCCUGGAUUGAUUCAUACUAGUUUUCUCAAGGAGUUAUGGCCCAACUCAGUCUACACUUACAAAUUGGGACAUAAACUGCUGAACGGCUCAUAUGCCUGGAGUGCUAUUUAUGAGUUCAAAGCAUCUCCAUACCCUGGUCAGAACUCUGUUCAAAGGGUUAUUGUUUUUGGUGACAUGGGAAAGGAUGAAGCUGACGGUUCAAACGAGUAUAAUAAUUUUGAACGAGGGUCCCUUAACACUACCAAGCAACUCAUCCGUGACUUGAAUAAUUAUGAUAUAGUCUUUCAUAUUGGAGAUAUCUGUUAUGCUAAUGGGUAUCUUUCACAAUGGGAUCAAUUCACUUCUCAAGUCGAGCCAAUUGCUUCAAAAGUGCCAUACAUGAUUGCCAGGUACUCCACUGACUACGGAAUGUUCCGAUUUUGCAUAGCUGACACAGAGCAUGACUGGCGAGAAGGAUCCAAACAGUAUAAGUUCAUCGAGCACUGUUUGGCGUCUGUUGACAGACAAAAACAGCCCUGGCUUAUUUUCAUGGCACAUCGAGUACUAGGUUACUCGUCUGACGAAACUUACGCAAACGAAGGAUCGUUUGCAGAACCAAUGGGAAGGGAUAACCUUCAGAAGCUCUGGCAGAGGUAUAAAGUGGAUAUUGCAUUUUUUGGGCACGUUCACAGCUAUGAGAGGACUUGUCCUGUAUAUCAGAAUAAAUGUACAAGGGAAGAGAAGAACUAUUACAAAGGCAGCUUAAACGGGACAAUACACGUAGUUGCUGGAGGAGGAGGUGCUAGCCUCUCAAAAUUCUCGACUCUAAAGCCCAACUGGAGUAUUUUCAGAGAUUCCGAUUAUGGUUUUGUGAAACUAACUGCAUUUGAUCAUUCGAAUCUUUUGUUCGAGUACAAAAAGAGCCAAGAUGGAAAGGUUUAUGAUUCUUUCAGGAUUACAAGGGAUUACAGGGAUAUUUUAGCCUGUGCUGUGGAUAGCUGCCCGAGCACGACCCUUGCUACUUGACUGGCUCUCGUAUUUAAAAAAAAAAAAAAAAA